AAGUCGGUCAGGGCUCAAAACUAAGUCGCUCGCUGUUCAGGAUUGCGAACAUUUAAAGUCGCUGGAAAGAGUAAAGUCACGUUUUUGAUCAUCUUCCACUGCAUCGCUGUCCAAAAGCACACUUUCUGCCAAAGCUGCACCAUGGCAUUCGUCUUGAAGUUCAUCGCCAUCAUUGCGCAGUGGGGUGUUGCAUUUUCUUUGGCCCCAGGCGACUGUGCCUUCGUUGGUGUCUAUGGUGAGAAGGAUGAUUUUGCCAUCCUUCUCAUGGAGGAUGUGGACGGAGAGAGCAUCUCUGUAACCGACGGAAGUUUCAAGGACAAGGACUUUCAGGCCGCUCAGCAGGCCAAGGCGAAGAAGCACGUCAAUGAUGCUGUCAAGGGAACUGUUUUGAGGAAGUCGGACUUCGACACGGACUCUGGGUCUUUUGCAGCUCCUGUCUCCCUGACGGUAUUCAAGGGAAACCCAUCGUCGCCCACCCCGCUAUGUGGCAUCAACUUGGAGGGCAAACCAGGCAACACAGCUGUGCGCAGGCUGGGUGACGAGGUGGCCCUUCUCAAUCUCGGUGAGACUGAAACUGCUGAAUAUGCAGGACCCACGAGUGGCAGCAAGGACGAGCUCUUGGAAGGCCUUACCAAUCCAAUGAAUUGGCUCCAGGACAGCCGCGCUGUUCGCAAGCUGUCAGGUUUCACCAUCGCAUCUGUUCAGAACACCACGACUAGCAUGACGACGACCUCCGACGGCAACCAAACGACUGAGACCACAACGACCACUUCGACGAUUGGUGGUGGCGACAGCCAUGCUACAGGGCACACCGCAAUUCUUGGUGGUCGGCGCAGCAUGCAACACUGCCUGACUCUGACACUGG